AUUUGUGUUCGUUGUGUUCUUGAAUAUAUUCUGUCCCUAAGAAAAGUUAAGGCUGACUAUUUUGUGAGACAAAAUAGGCCGUACGGGUUUGAAAAACAUGAGUGAAAAAUCAGCCCCGUAACAGUUGGUAUCAGAGCCUAGUUGUUCCUGAUUCUCGAAGAUGGAGACCCCGAAGCGCAAUGAUCCUGAACAGUCGGAUGUACAGGAUGAUGAUAAGGAUAAUGCUGCUGACUUUAUUCGGCAUCUAAUUGGUGAAGAAUUAGUUGGAGUGAAUAAAAGGCUUCAUAGCCUUGGCAAGGCCAUGGAAGCGUGUCAGGCAGAGAACAAUUCCCUUAAGACGGAACUGUUGAUUUUGAAGCAGGCCGUGUCAGAAACGGCAAGGACAAAUAUGGAUGUCGCUCCUUCAAAGAUCAAAGUCCCGGAGCCUAAGCACUUUGAUGGGGCCAGGAAUGCUAAGGAAUUGGAGAAUUUCUUGUGGGACAUGGAAGAAUAUUUCAAGGCUGCCAAGAUCCCGGAAGGGGAGAAGGUUUUGAUUGCCCCGAUGUACUUGACGGGGGAUGCAAAACUUUGGUGGCGUGGCAGAGUCAUUGAUGAUGCAAACUCUGGCCGGAUGGGGAUUGAGUCAUGGGAUGGACUCAAGAAGGAAUUGAAGGCACGAUUCUUGCCCCACAACGUGUCGUGGAUGGCACGUGAGAAUCUAAAGAAGUUGAAGCAGACCGGAUCCUUGCGGGAAUACGUUAAAGAGUUUUCUUCGCUCAUGUUAGAUAUUCAGAAUAUGAGUGAGGAGGACAAACUCUUUAAUUUCAUGUCCGGAUUAAAAAAUUGGGCACAGGCCGAACUGAGAAGGUUAGCAGUGAAGGACUUGCCUACUGCCAUGGCCGAGGCGGAAAGUUUGGUGGACUUCAAGACAAUGGCGCCCCAAGGAAAGAAAGGGGACCAUCCUAAGAAGGAGGGGAAGGCUAAGUUUGAGGGGAAAACCAAGUUUAAGAAGAAGGGUGGCGAUGGCAAAGCACCUGCGGAAGGCGGGAAUAAGGAAAAAGCACAAGCCGGUGGGUGUUGGACGUGUGGUGGUGAUCACCUCCAACGCAACUGUCCCAAAGGUCCGAAGAUCAAUGCCAUGAUUGAGGAGGCGACUGGGGUAAGUAAUCCUGUUCCGGCUCGGUGUAGUCCUUUGCAGUUGCUGUCUGCCAGGAACGAAUCUGCCCAGAAUUUUGUGAAUCGUGGAUUGAUGUAUGUGUUGGUUGUGGUCAAUGGCGUGGAGUUGUUGGCAAUGAUUGACACGGGUGCUAGUCACAAUUUUGUGACUGAACGGUUGAUUGGACGGCUUCAACUUAAAUUGGAAGGGAAUUCAUCCAUGAUCAAGACCGUGAAUGCCGCAGCGAAGGAGGGGAAUGAAUUCCUAAUUAUGGCUAAGGCAGCCGUAUUCCCUUACCUUGGAGGGAUGAUGAUAAAUGAUGAGUGUUCGCCUUCAUUUGUGAAGGGACGCUAUGCUGAUCAGAAACAGGAACACAAAGGUUUGGCCUCAUGCUCAGCAAUGCAACUCAAGAGGGGAGUGCGUUUGGGCUACCAAACCUACCUUGCUGUUAUGAUGGAAAUAAAGGAAGGUGUCUUUCAAGAUGUUCCAGACAAAGUGGCGAAACUACUCGAAGAAUUCAGUGAUGUGAUGCCACCAGAAUUGUCGAAGAAGUUGCCUCCAAAGCGGGCAGUGGAUCACCGGAUUGAGUUAGAACCGGUUCACACCGAUGCAUCUGAUCGGGCUUUGGGAGGAGUUCUCGUGCAGGACAGCCAUCCCAUCGCCUUUGAAAGUAGGAAGCUUAAAGAUGCGAAAACCCGUUACAGUGCUCAUGAGAAGGAGAUGACUGCGAAGAAGUUGUCCCCUAAGCAAGCUCGAUGGAUGGAGUUCCUUGACGAGUUCGACUUUGAUUGGGUGCAUCGUCCGGGCAGGCACAAUUCUGUUGCGGAUGCCUUGAGUCGGAAGACCGUUGAAGAAUAUGUUGCUGCAAUGGUUAUGGUGCAAAGUAACAUGAUGGAUUUGAUUCGUGAUGUAGCCAAGAAGGACCCAAAAUACCAAAAGUUGGCUGAACAGGUAACCAGCGGGAUCGUGCGGAGAUACUGGCUGGAAGAUGACUUACUGUUUGGCAAAGGUGGCAGACUUUAUGUCCCAGAAGGUGACUUACGGGUGCAGUUGCUGAGGGAGACUCAUGACCCGCAAUGGGCUGGUCAUCCAGGUGUGGCUCGGAUGAUGGCAUUGCUGUCCAGGGACUAUGUCUGGCCAAAGAUGGAACAUGACGUAGAGGCAUAUGUGCGGACGUGCCUUGUAUGUCAACAAGAUAAAGUGGAGAAAGGGAAGGAGGCAGGUCUCUUGCAGCCGCUGCCUAUUCCAGAGAGACCGUGGCAGUCAGUGUCCAUGGAUUUUAUUUCAGGCUUUCCUAAAGUAAAUGGCAUGUCAACAAUCUUGGUGGUUGUUGAUCGUUUUUCCAAGUAUGGAGUGUUCAUAGCGGCUCCGGAUAGUUGCCCUGCUGAGAAGACGGCAGAUUUGUUUUACAGGAAUGUGGUGAAGUACUUUGGCCUUCCUGAAGACAUUUCCAGUGCCACUGGAAUGACGCCAUUUGAGUUGGCAAUUGGCUUCCAACCCCUUACCCCUCAUCAGAUUUCUGUAAGGGUUGGUGGAGCAUGUCCGGCUGCUGUACGCUUCGCGAAGAACAAACAAGACUUAAUUGAUGAGGCUCGUGAUAGUCUUGCAUUGGCCCAGACUCGGAUGAAGAGGCAGGCAGAUCAGCAAAGGCGGGAUGUUCAAUUCCAAGUUGGGGACUUAGUUAUGUUGAAACUAACUCCCCAGAUUUGGAAAAGGAUCAGCAGCAAAGCCGUUCAUCGCGGCUUGGUUUCGAAGUAUGAUGGUCCAUUUGAAGUUAUGCACAAAGUUGGAGAGGUGGCUUACCGUUUAAAACUACCUGAACGGUUGAAAGUUCACCCUACUUUUCAUGUCAGUUUUUUGAAGAGGUUUAAUAAGGAAGAGUUUGACGCUUCAAGGCAACAACUUAAGCGUGCUCCUCCAACAAUUCGGGAACAAUUUGACAAAGGCAUUGAAAAGAUUUGGGAGCAUAAAUCAAAGGACAAAGCAAGAAGAACCGACGGACGGAAUACCUUGUGCAAUGGGAAGGUGAUUCCAAAGAAGACUCAAGUUGGGUGCGAGAUGUGAAGUUGUGGCAAUUUGAAGACAAGAUCGAGGAGUAUUGGCGUGGUCGCAAUGCUGCCUCACAACCUCCGACGAGGACGUCGGACUCUCCUGGUGGGGGAGGUAUGUUAGACCCUUAAAAUCAGGAUGGUUUGGCAACGCCAAGAUGGCCUUGGCUUGGCGUUGGCCAGUGUUGAUCAAGGUCGGGUGCUGGCUGGGAU